AUGGUGCCGACUGGGGACGUAUAUUCUUCAGCGACGAAUCCCGCUUCCCAUUGUGUCAUGAUGAUCAUCGAAGAUGUGUUUGGAGACACCCAGAGCAGAGGGGUUAUCCUGGUUUCACUUUUGCACGCCAUGCUGGUUCUCAACAAGGCAUUAAGUGGCUGCUUGAGCAUCCUCUCAUUAUUGUGUGCUGCUGGGACUAUAGUGGAGAUUUUACGAAAAGACGAUGAGAAGCUAAAACAAAGUUUAUCGGAAAAGAUAAUACUGGCGUUCUCCUUGCCAUCAAACACCAAGCGCUUGUUCGCUGCUUCGGGAGGUUCUAAGGAUCUGAAGUGCAUUCAUGGCAUUAGGGCCAUUGGAAUGUGCUGGGUUAUUCUUGGUCAUACGUAUGUGUUCAUGUCGUUUGAAGUUUUAAAGGAACCUUCAGUUAUUACAUCAUGGUUCAACAAUCUUCCAUUUGAGUGUCUCAUUACAACAUGGUACCUUUCUGCUGAUUUUCAGUUGCACAUCGUGUCUCUCAUAGUCUUAAUGAUUGUUUAUAGCAAAGUAUUUGAAAUGCUCAACCGCAUACACAUCAGUACGAUUACGCAUCUUGGCCCUCACUGUAUCGGUCUCCUACUGGGUUACUGCAUUUAUAAGUACAAAGUUCAAAAGAUGAAUAAAUUUCUAGUCAUCAUCGCCUGGUGCAUUUCCGCAGUCAUCACUUUAUGCGCCGUUUACGGAAGCAACAGGUUUUCCACGGGAGAAGAGACUUCUGUAAUACUCACAGUCCUAUUCGCUGCUGUGCACCGAUCGGUAUUUAUCUGCGGCUUGGCUUGGGUAGCCUUUGCCUGCAUAACAGGACAUGGAGGACCUGUAAACCAGUUGCUGUCUUUAACAGUCUUAACCCCAAUGAGCAGGCUAUCUUUCAUGGUAUACUUACUCCAUCCGUUAGUCAUUUGGAUGAAAUUAGGGUCUCUACGUGAGAGGCCAAUGGCGAGCCAUUACGAAUAUUUUUACUCAUACAUCACCAACAUAGUGAUUUCAUUUGUUCUUGCUGUGCCUUUCUACCUCCUCCUUGAAGCUCCACUAUCGAAUCUUGACAGAAUGGCUUUCUCAAGUCCUCGCGCUAAAGAUAAUCCAGAAAAGGAGAAAACUUUACCUAAGUACUUGAACGGUGUUGUGCUAUCGAAGAUGACUGAAUUUUCACACGAACAGGAACAUAACAGCGGAGAAAACGCCCGAGACAAAUCUCAAAAUUGUUGUUAAGCGUUACGAACAAGACAUGAGAACUUGUGGUUCGUCCGAUUAUAAGAUUUUUAUCAGGCAAAGAAAAGAAGUUGAGGAUACGUUGAAACUUUUUUCGCCUGCAGAGUUGAUUCCGGUCUUCUUAAUCUAUGGAUCAGGUUAAAUACAAAGCAAAGGUACUUUUCCGUUAUAGGCACGUCACUUGUCUUGGCGAUUUGUUUACUUUCUACCUUGGCGAAAACUGAAGAAUUGUGUUUACAUCGUCGUUAAGUUGGCUCCUCGUUUUCUACUUUUACAUUUUAAUAGAACUUUUAACUAACAUUUUGUUUUAUAUAUUAACGGAGUAUUCAAAGUUGGUUGAGCGAAUUAUUUUAAUGGAAUUUUUAUGGUAUUUAACAGUUUUUUUUUUUUAUUUCGUAGAUAGUUUUACUUUUAAUGACCUAAUUUAAUUAGUUAACUGAUGAUUUUUCAUGCUCAUGGAGCUUUUAGUCCCCUUUCAAGGCUUGUUUCGUUUAAAAGUCUUUUACAAAAACAAAAUAAUGUAUAUCAUUGCCAAAAAAAUAAAUUCCCAUGUAAUUUUCACCUAGCAUGACAGCAAUAAAUAAAGUGAAAAAUAAUCACCAAGAUUGAAAAUCCGCUGUGACGUACCUACAAUGGAAAAGUAUCAAAGAAAAUAGAGGAUUAUACGCAGCUAUAAAAGGACUUUAAAACAUAUGACUUUUGGGACAAGUGCACACAAACACAGAUUAAGAAAAAAAAAAGCUAAGUGCCUAGAACUUUAUAAUCUUCGAACUGUAUGAUAAUCUGCGACGGUGUAUACGAGUAGUCUCAGUAUCAGGCAGCCUGUCUGAUGAAUACAGGAAUUGCAAGGGGUUCUGUGUUUGUAUUAUUCCUGUUAUAUUUGCAGAGUAGGGUAUUCAUAUAGUGGAUGGCAGUGCUUUCCCACAUUUCGUAUUCCAUUCACACUCAUCAUAAUCGAACUGAACUUUUUCACUCAAGCACGUUUUAGCUCUCUUGUUGAAUUGCAAUACAAUAGAACCGCGAUUAUCCGAAAUCCUUUUAAACGGAACUCUGUUCAAUCGAAGUCUGUUUACUCGAAUUUUAUUUAUUUAUUUAUUUAUUAUUUUUUAAGUAAAUAUUUUCCCUUUCAGGUCACUGCAGGCAGCUAUUUCUGCAGCAAAAUCAAAAUAUUGAUUCAAUUCUAACACUUUUGUUUUUUUCCCUCAAACCCACCUGUAAAUUUUUGGAGCACUGAAUUAUUCUUUUUUUUUAAUGUGAAUAAAAUCAAAAAAGCGAUCGAAUAAGAAAGCAAAUAAUUGUUUUAUUAAGUUAUUAUUUUUAACUACGUAUUUAUAUUUUAUGUUAAAACUCAAAAAUUGCAGUUUACUGCAUUAUUAACAACGUAAUGAAUAAUAUCUAGAUUAUCUCUUACAAGUCAGCAGAUUUUUUUCCCAGCAGUCUGCUACAUAGAUAAAAAAUUCAAAAGUCGCCUGCAAAAUAAACCGACAUUAGCUAUUUCGUAAAAUCUCAAUCAGUACUGAAAAAUGCUUCAAAAUAAGAUGCUUAACAGAAACGCUAGACAUCCAUACUACCUGUAGAGUAUACCCCUGAAAGUAUGGUAGUCUUUUGCUGGAAUUUAAAUUUUUUUUUUCUCUACCAACUAUAAAAUAGUCUGCAAACCUGCGUCACAGUGUCGUGCUGUUUCCGUUACCGGUAUUUCUUAUUAAUCUGCAUUGCAUUUUCUGAUUUGUGUGAGUGUGACAUUUACUGAACAACUCUGUUUAGAAUUAUAGUAAUAUAGUCACGAACCUAAUGCGUUGUAGUCAUUUUGUAAAUGUGAACAUGUUUAUUGGCAAACUUAUGCUUUCUGGUGUCUCCUAAAGUCAUUUUUCAGUACCUCUCUUAUCCUGAAUUUUUGAUUUACUGAAACAGGUCCGGUUCCGUUCAUGUCUGUUUAUCAAGGUUCUACUGUACCAAGUUUGUGACAUUUUCAACCUUUAUUCUUUUGUCUUCUAUGAAGUGACAGCUCUCAAGUACCCACCAGUUCUAAUUUACCAGGUGAUAAGACUAGUACUAGCAGUACAAUGUGCUACAGAAAUUUCUAGGAAAAAUUUCGUGACUUUUUCGCACUCAUAGGAAACUGUUCAUAACCAUGAUCAUGUUAAAAUGUUAUUCGCAAAGUUUCAUUCUUGCCUGUAUGAAUUUAAAAGAAUAAA